UGGAAUAUUCUUUAUUAUACGAAAUAUCUAAAAAAAACACACACACACAUUUUAAGUUCUAAAACAAAGAAAAGUAAGAGAGAGAGAGUGCGAGAGCGGUAGAGAUAGAGACAGUGGUAAAAGUAGGGAGAGAGACUGGUAAAGAGAGAGUGAGAAAUAGAGUGGUAGGGAGAGUGAGGUAGAGAGAUAGUAGAGAGAGAGUGAGUAAGAGAGGUAGAGAGAGAUAGAGAAAGAGAGAGUGAGUAAGAGAGGUAGAGAGAGAUGGAGAAAGAGAGAGAGUGAGUGGUAGAGUGAGAGAGGUAGAGAUAGAGAGAGUGGUAGAGAUAGAGAGGUGUAAAGAGAGAGAGAGGAUGCGGAUCUAUCGCUCGGCUCUCUCUCUCUCGGCGCUGGGUCUCUGUGCUCCCCGGGCUCCGGGUUUUUAAUGGUUCCGCGGCGGAUCAGACCCGCUCUCUCCCGGCUCCAGCGCUGCUCCUGCGGGCGGAUGCUCGCUCCGCUCCCCCCGAAUGUGCGCGCUCCCUCCGCCUCCUCCGCUCAGCCCCUCGCCCGCCGCCCUGCGCGCGCAGAUACAUGGUCCAAGUGAAAAUGUCCAAAUCGGCCGCAGACCCGCUGCCCGGUACCGAGACCGGCUCCCAGUCCCACUAUUUUCAGUUGCCGAGAAAGUUGCCAAAACGCAAAAGCCGCUUUAAACGCUCGGAUGGCAGCACCUCCUCUGACACCACGUCCAGCUUCAUUAAGCGCCAGGGUUCAGCCGAUUCGUACACGAGCAGACCUUCGGAUUCCGACCUGUCAGCGGAGGAGGACCGCGAGGCGUAUCGGCGUGAAGCCGAGCGCCAGGCCCAGCUACAGCUCGAGAGAGCCAAGUCGAAACCUGUGGCUUUUGCUGUGAAGACGAAUGUAAAUUACUGUGGAGCUCUCGAUGAAGACUGUCCAGUUCAAGGUGCUGCCAUAAACUUUGAAGCCAAAGAUUUUCUGCACAUUAAAGAGAAGUACAAUAAUGACUGGUGGAUUGGUAGACUGGUGAAAGAGGGGGCCGACAUCAGCUUCAUCCCGAGCCCCCUGCGUCUGGAGGCCAUGAGACUGAAGCAGGAGCAGAAGCAGAGGAAAAGUGGAGGUAACUCUUCCUCCAGUCUGGGCGACAUGGUGUCCGGAGGCUGGAGACCCGCACCGCCCUCUGCAGCCAAACAGAAGCAAAAACAGGCUGAACACAUUCCUCCGUAUGACGUGGUUCCGUCCAUGAGGCCCGUGGUUUUGGUCGGGCCGUCGCUGAAGGGCUACGAGGUGACGGAUAUGAUGCAGAAAGCUCUGUUUGACUUUCUCAAACACCGAUUUGAAGGAAGGAUUUCUAUAACGCGAGUCACUGCUGAUCUCUCUCUCGCCAAAAGAUCUGUCCUCAACAAACGACCCAUCAUGGAGAGAUCCAACACUCGCUCCAGUCUGGCGGAGGUACAGAGUGAGAUCGAGAGGAUAUUUGAGUUGGCGAAAACUCUGCAGCUGGUUGUUCUGGACGCUGACACCAUCAACCAUCCAGCCCAACUGGCCAAAACCUCACUAGCCCCAAUCAUUGUGUACGUCAAGGUCUCCUCACCAAAGGUCUUACAGAGGCUAAUAAAGUCGAGGGGUAAAUCCCAGAGCAAACACCUGAAUGUUCAGAUGAUGGCGGGAGAUAAACUGUCUCAGUGCCCACCUGAGAUGUUUGAUGUAAUUCUGGAUGAGAACCAACUUGAGGAUGCCUGUGAGCACCUAGCCGAAUACCUAGAGGUCUACUGGCGCGCCACCCACCUGCCGGGCACCGCCCCUCUCAACCCACUAUUGGAGCAAAACCUGAUGACUCCGCCUUCAGUCAUCUCCAGCCUGCAGAACCAGCAGCUGUUGUCUGUGGGGGGUGCGGGAGGUGUGGAGGAGGAGGAGCAGGGGGAGCAGGACAGCCUCAUGCCGUCAGACGAGGCCAGUGACUCGCGCUCGCUCCACCACGGAGCCUCACGCUCCCUGCACCCUCCGGAGGAUGACGAGGAAGAGGAGGAGGAGGAGGAAGAGGAUGCUGAGGAGGAAGAGGAAGAGUAUGAGCCCCCCUGUCACUCCCACUCGUACCGGGACAUGUACCCGCCCGGCCGCAACCACCCCAGCGGCGUCCACAACGCCAACGGGCAUGAGGCGCAGGACCGGCUGCUGCAGCAGCGAGACUCACAGGACGGCCACAACCACCGCGGCAGCCGGCAGCGCCCGCGGGCAUGGCCCCGAGAUAACUACUGAGAGGAGAGUGGCUAGAUCAGAGAAGGAGGGAUGAGUAGAGGAGUGUGAGGGACGUGUAGAGAGAGAAGAGGUGGUGAAGCUGCAGAAAAACAAUGCGCUGUGUAAAUAAAUGCACUGAAUUUGUCUGAUUUAAGUGUGAACAGCAUUACUUAAACCACCACCACCAUGAUCCAAGGAUUGAUGAGUCGAAUCCCAGAUCAUGCUGCUUUGCCAUCAGCAGCCUGAGUCUGAGAGAGCACAAUUGACCAUGCUCUCUGUUGGUGGGUAGGUGGCGCUCUCUGCUUGCUGGCUGAUGUAUCAGAGCUGGGUUUGACUGAUUUGGCAUUUUCCUCCAAGUUCCCUUCAAACAUAUAUAUUUCACAUCUAAAUCAGGUCAGUUCAGUGCAGCACUGUUUGUCAGUGUACGGUUUGUUACGUGGGUUCUGUAGUCUUCAGAUCAACAGCAUCAUUACUGCAGAAUAUUGCACUAUGGUGGUUCAGUUACUACCAGGCAGCUCACCUCUCAUAGGCUCAAGUUCACGUCCAUCUAAAAGAAGCGAUUUGAGCGUUUUUAAACCAAGACCAAUGCAGGUUAGCGUGAUGUCAGCCCUGGAACAACUAAGGAUCCAAAACCAGGGAGUCAGGAGAAGCACUUUUUAGCAUGGAAUAUAAAGUAGUGGAAAAAUCUGUAGCAUUUUGUUGCAUCUUACCUUUUUGAGUGGGGAGGGUGGGGGUGAUGAUGGUUUUAGGCCAGCCAGCUCUAGUCUGUAUGAAUGCAAGACAUGUAGAUGACGGGUCACUGUUUUAUGUGAUCAUUUAAAGAUGUAGCAAACCGUGUGUUUCCCCCGCAAAAAAAUACUUGGCCCCUUUUCAACUGCAGGGCCAAAUGGUUACUAAAGCGGUGCUGUAUUGCCCAGUCCAAUCUGGACCAGUUGGACCAUUCACAGUUUCUUUUUCCAUUUGUGCACGUUCUCGUUCUGAUUUGGCAACACAGCAGUGUCCCAUAAUAAUGUAAGUAGGUUAGCAUUCUAACUUGUGAACCAAAUCAUGCUUCUAAAUAAAUGUGAAAUGGAGAAACCAGACAAACUAUGGUUUAAAUGGAGACAUAUGCUUAUUUUAAGCAUCUGCCAAUGGCGUAAUCUAAUUUUCCUUAGUAAGAUUUCUUACAAUAGGCACUCACAGUCUUAAAAUGAGUUGAGUAAGUCUUCGAAUAAAUUGACAGGUGACUUUUGGGGCUCAUUUUGAGUUCAAAUUACUUCUAAAUUCUAAUAAAAUUCUGAUAAAAUUAUAACAGUGUUUAAGAUCAUUAUUCCUAUGAUAAGCUAAAUAUUCUUACUGAUCUUACACAAUGCUUAGUACGACAUACAUUCAUAUCAGAAAAAAAUAUGUUUUAUUGACUUAAAAUUAGAUAAUUUCACUUGCUAAAUUUUAAGUUUUUUUGUUGUGUGUUUAAUUUUUACACUGGCUAACAACCUCGACCAUAGCUAGUACUGUGUUAGCAUGGGUUUUUUUUCCUUAUCGAUAUUAUGGUUCAUUAUAGAGACAUUAGAAUGCUGGCAACAGGCCUAAUCCAACAUUGCUACCGUGGUGGUAGCAUGCUGGCUACAGGCCUUUUUGAAAUUGCAACUGCUGUUGCAUUAGCACACUGACUAAGGGGCCUUGUCCAAUAUGGGACUGCAACAUUAGCAUGCCAGGUACAGGCCUAUCCAACAUCACAAUCGUGAUGUUAAUAUGCCAGAUAUAGGGCCCCAUCCCGUCCCUGUCGGCAUUGAAACAUCGUUCCAAUGCGAUUUUAGCACUACAUGCUACAGGCUACAUGCUUGGUCCAACAAUGCUCUUAGCAUUCCAGCAUCACUUCUGAGAGGUUAGCACAGGCUAUUAUUAUAUCAUUAAGCCCUCCUCUAACCAAACAGUGUAACAGUUUGGUUAGAGGAGCUAACUGUGCUAAGAGAACCAUGCCAAGAGAACCGUGCUUAGAGAACCGCCCUUUGUAUAACUUCCCACUGGAAGCCACCACCCUGCAGUGAAAAAGUGGGCCAUGUGUUUGAUGAUGAAUCUGAUACAGUAAACGGAUCGGGGGGAAUGGGGGUGCUGGGCCAGAACUGAAACAGGGUAGCGUUCUCUAAUAGAGACAGAUAGCAAGCUGGAUGCUGUCAUUUGCAUAUGACCCUCCUUCCAAAUUCACUUUGUCUUCCUGCAUUUGUUUUCUUCUCUCACUUAGCCCCGCCCACUUCCCCGUUUGCUAUGAGCUCUAUGACACCUUAUUUGCAAUGCUAAUAGCAUGUGAUGAAUGUAUGAAUGUGGCAGUAUCUAGGCCAGUUUUAUCUGCACCUGAUGCAGAGGUCUGUACAGAACGUCGGACGGAGGGGCGUGUUUAAUAUCGGGUCGUCCGCUCUACACUCUUUAAAGCAGUGAAUGUAGCCCACCACUUUCCAUAUCAUUUCUGUGGGAGGAAAUGUUAUUUUAAAGCAGUUUUUAAAAUGUCAGGGAAUGUUAGAGGAGUUCCACAGCGCUGUAAAACAACAUAUCUCUGUCUGCUGCAUCUUUAGCACACUGUUGAUUAGACUGGAUGGUAGUUACUGGGUCAAAACACACACAUAUACUGUAGCAGUAAUUAAACUAUGUUAAUUUUCUUAACAUAAUUAUAUCAAAUGUUUCAGCACUGCUGACAUACUGUAUAUUUACCUGAUCAUAAGGCGCAUAAUGCAACACUAGUAAGGAAUAGGGGUAUCACCAUGUUUUCCCUCUAAUUCAGCAGGUGUUGGGGUAACUAAGUAAAGUAAAGUUCAUCUAAGUAAACAAAACUGUAAUUCUUAAAAAAUUCAAACAAGUGCUGGAUGUUAAUCUGCACAGAUUUCUCUUCUAAAACUGUUUCUUUAGGUGAAUAAAGCACUUCUGUUUAUGUACAGUAAGCUUAGAUUUCCAGAUUUCCACCAAGGCUGGAUUCAGCAACAUUAUCAUUAGCAGCUAACCACUAGCGCCACUUGACAGAGCUACACUGAGAAAACUCUGAGUGUUCCGGUAAGCCAGGGUGAUAUUAGCUAGCGGUUCAUCCCACGUAGCUUGUUUUAACGCGGUAAACAUGCAGACUACAGGUUGAUAUACUCGCCUGUGAACAGAGAAAGAGCUAGUGCUUAGCGGCAAAUGCUAAUACUACUCCAACAAAGUUAGCAGCAGGCUACUGUCUGGUGAAGGAGCUAGCGUUUAGCACAGUUAGUGGCUAAUGCUAAUACUGCUUCAGUUUCAAUGCUGGAGUAAUUAAACUAAAACUCCUGUAUAACACUGUGCUUCAGCAGAGUGGCUUUACUGCUCCUUAAUACCUGACUGGUAAAAAACUAUUUUUGGUCAGUUAAAGCAUUUUAAGGGUGCCUUAUAGCACCUUAUAGUAUUUUUUAAAGUUAUUUAAAAAUUACAGGUAAGUUUUCUUUACUUUUUUUUUUUUUUUGAUAAAAAUGCUUUAUUCUACUUUCUAAAAUUAAGAUAUUAUCCUGGACAAGUAGACAGCCACAAUUCUAACUUUGGUUUUUAGCUGUUUAUCUCCAUUGAUCCCCAUUUUGGAGGUGACAGUUUCAAGUAAAUAUAUUGAAUAAUAUCAAAUAUUGUGUAAGACAAAUAAUGUUUAGUUACAAUAUAAAACUAACAAAUCUGUUUACAGUAUUUUUUUAUUAUUCAUAAGCAGUUUCACAAAUUGAAUGACAUUCACUGACUUUUAAUUUAAAUCUUUAAAUUUUACACAUGCAGUGCUGACAUAUUUGACAAUUUCAACAAUAUAUUUACUAAAAUGUAUUUAUUUAUUAUCAUUUAUUUGAACUAUUACUGGUCUAAAUUGUACAGAGGUUACACAGGUCUUUUAUUCUUUUGACCACUAGGGGUCGAUAAUAAAAAGAAAGAGCAUUAGGUGAGCAUUUUAAGUCCAGUAGAAAUCUCAGUGGCAUUCAUAUACCCAGCUAACAGAGGACAUUAUAAGAACGUUUAGCUAUGUUUUGAGAAGGUUUCAGGAAGAUUAGCAUUUAAGGCUACAGAAAUAAUAUUUAAAAAAAAAUCUAAUAACAUGACAUAAUAAUGAAUUGCAUCACAACGUUAUUAAAACAAUUCUCACAGAAGUUUCCAAGCUAGAUGAGUACUAACAUUAUGGAAACAUUACAGUUAACAUUAAUUAACAAAACUAAAUUCAAAACCUUGAAACAAGAUGACAAUUGCAGUAAAGGUACCAGAAAAUUUAAAAACAGUAAAUAAAGAAGUUCUAAGAACAUUUAGACAACCUGACGGAUUGAACAUGCUAAGAACUUUAACUGUAACAUUCAGAAAAUGUUCAGUUUUACCAAUCAAAAGCAUUACUGUAAUGUUCGGGGAAAGUUCUACUAAGCAAAAGUUGUAAGCUGGGUAUUUGGGUAAGAGGAAACCACGACAAAUAUAGACUAAAGUGUUUCUGUGUUGUUCUAAAUAAUAAUUAUUUUGUAUAACCAAUUUAAAAUGGACUAUCAGAUUGUUUUUUUUUAUUUUUUUUUUAUUGGGAUUCUUUGUAAAACCUUUUUUUUCCUGCUCACAACCAUAAGUUUGUGGUGGCGUUUGAGUCCACUCUUCUUUUACAUACGAUAUUUCUGACAUGACUUGAGGGCAGCCAAAAUCGUAUAUGUUUCAGUUGGUUUAAAUAGUUUUUUAUUUAGUGACAAACCUGAAACACAGUAUCCAUAACUGUCCAUACAAACUGAUUAUACAUUUAUGCUACAGAUGCAGCAGAUUGGGUGGAAAAGUACCAGAGAUUAUUUUUUAAAAGUGGAUUAUAUGAGCAGUGUAAGGUAAUCUGAUAUUGAGUAAUCAGGCGUGUUCACUUUUACUGAAGAGUGCGACGUCUCUCUGACAGUCUGAUCUUCCUCCUUCCUCUCAUCCUCUUCCUCCUCCUCCAGAGGGGGAGUGUUGGGACAUGUGGCGUAAGGCUUGAGAUAUACUUGCUGUUAAUUUAGUGGUUGCGUACUGCGUUUACUGAACUAAGAUUAAGGUGCCAGAUAUCGGAGACGUUAUUCACGUAUACAUUGUGUUGUUAGUGCUGUGAUGAGUUGAGGCCUUCAGUAAUGCCCGUAGCAAGUAUAUCUCUAGCGCUAGUCCCAUAAAGGUGAGGCUGCUGUGGGCCUGGAAAUAAACACAAAGCAUCUUAUGCUUCACUAAUUUCUACUUGUUACGGUGAUUCGCCUUUCGUCUGCUACAUUAAUAAUUCCGACAGUUAUUAAACCAGCAUGCGUAAUCUCUGAAAACAAGGGAAAAGGGUUAAAAAAGGAAGUGACUGCGUCCCAAUUGCGUACAAUACACAAAUUAUUUAGUUUGCAAUUUUAACAUAAAGUGACGUAAUGUUAAUUUGCUAACAUUCAGUACCAAUCAGAAGUUUGGACUCACAGUUUUUCAUUAUUUUGUUCUGCUUUUGUAAAUGAAUACUGAAGUCAUCCAAACUAUGAAAAAAACUUCUUUUUUUUUUUUACUAAAUAAUUCCAUAAGGUGUUAAACACACCAGAAUAUGUUUUAUAUUUUAGAUUCUUCAAAGUAGCAGCUCUUGCUUAGAUGACAACAGUUAACAGCUGUGCUGAACUUGUCAAGAGUUAAUCACUUGAAUUUCUUGUUUCUUAAUGUGUUUGAGAGCAUCAGUUGUAAAGUUGUGAAGAGGUAAAGUUGGUAUACAGUGAAUAGCCUGUUAUGGCAAGAAUUAAAGACAAAAAAUGACUUUCAGAAAUGAAAAAUUUCAAGGAUUUUGAACGUAUUCUCAAGUGCAGUCGCAAAGACCAUCAAAAAAGCAUUAUGAUGAAACUGGCUCUCAUCAGGACCACCCUACGAAAGGAAGAGCAAGAGUUACCUCUAUUGAGCAAGUUAAUUUAAAGAGAGUUACCAGCCUCAAAAAACUUUAAAGUUAUCAGAAACUCAGACAGGGUGCUUCACAGAGUAUUUUGGCUUGUUUAACACUUUUAAGUUACUACAUGAUUCCUUAUGUGUUCCUUCAUAAUCUGUAUCACUUUAGUAUUCAUUUACAAUGUAGGAAAGAUAAAAAACAUUGAAUGAGGUGUGUUCAAAAUUUUUGACUGGUACAUUAUGUCACUGCACUUGCGUUGUUAUCCACCAUAUCCCCUGUAAGUAGCUUCUACCUUUCUGUUUCUUAUUGCAUUGUGGGGUAAUCGCAUUUUCUGUGAACACAUUCAAAAACUGACCAGUUCUGAGUAUGCAUUGUGGAUCACACUUUUAUCUAUACUGCACAAUUACGUAAAUUACAUUACACUAUUACAUACACUCAAACAGUGGUUAGUAUUAGUGCAGUAUUAGUACGCAAUUGGGACGCAGCCAUUGUCUCUCACUAUUGUGACUCGACUCAAAUCAACACGAAUCAACGCGAAUCGACUUUAAUUAAACUUUAAUUAAACUCAAAACUUACCUGUAGCAGCAGCUCAGGCUACUCCUUCUCCAAUAGAGGACAACUUCAGCUGGCCUUAACUUUUCUGGGUGUGUCUCUUUAACACUGCAUGAUUAUGAUAUCACUAUUUAGGACUCUUUGCACAUUAGGGUUGGAAAAGGACCUUAAGGAAACUUCGGAAUAUAUAUUAUAUAUUCGAGUAGAAGAAUCUACUCUCGUUUUUUUAUUUUCCAAUUCUGCAACAGGAUAACGGUAAUGCAUCUGCGUAUGCGCAAGUAGUGUAUAUAUACUGAAUGGGCGUAUGAUAUUGAGUAUAAUUCUUUAGCAAGUCUUUUUUUAUUUAGAAAGUUAUUAUAGGACUGCACCUAGUUUGGAAGAGAUGUUUGCAAUGUUUACAGUCGGAUAAUUGCUCUCACUCUGAAAGUACUAUGAGGUGAAACGGAUGGUAAAUCAGUCUAAAGUCAGAUAAAGCUGCAGUACACUCUCGCCAUACUUCAUCAGUGCAGUGCAGAGGGCUGCAUUGUGUUUUUAUUUUAGGAAGGUUUUUUUUACUCUGUUCAUAAAUGGGUGUUUUAUGUGUUAUAUUAUAUUUGUCAAUCAGGCAACCAUACAGCGUGAAUGUACUGUUGCAUGCCUUAACACCACUACAUUUAUGUGUAGUGUUUUCCGCUGUGCCGUCUGUCUCUGCAUUGAUUGUACAAAGCAUUUUUGAUUGUACCAUUUCUGCAGAAUCCUUUUUAUUAAUACAUUUUGUUUGGAAGUUGAGGAAACUAUGGAUAGUCAUUCAAAAUCCAUUUAAGUUUACCCGAUUUUGUGGCAUGACACAUGGUUUUAUGUUAGGGCCUAUUAAAGUCAUGCAGGUUAUAAUAGUAAUAAACUGUGUGCUGAGUGUAAAGGGUUAAUACAGACCCUAUAGCUCUAUCACAGUUCCUAAACAAUCUAACCAAAACGAUAUACAGCUCUGGAAAAAAUUAAGAGAUCACUUCAGUUUCUGAAUCAGUUACUCUGAUUUUGCUUUUUUUUAGGUAAAUGUUUGAGUAAAAUGAACAUUGUUGUAAUAAUCCAUAAACUGCAGACAACAUUUCCGCCAAAUUCCAAAUAAAAAUAUUAUCAUUUAGAGCAUUUAUUUGCAGAAAAUGAGAAAUGGCUGAAAUAACAAAAAAAAAUGCAGAGCUUUCAGACCUCAAAUAAUGUAAAGGAAACUAGGUGGAAUAACCCUGGUUUUUAAUCACAGUUUUCAUGCAUCUUGGCAUGUUCUCCUCCACCAGUCUUACACACUGCUUUUGGAUAACUUAAUGCCACUCCUGCUGCAAAAAAUCAAACAGUUCAGCUUGGUUUGGUGGCUUGGGAUCAUCCAUCUUCCUCUUGAUUAUUUUCCAGAGGCUUUCAAUUUUUAUUAAGUGGUCUCUGUGUAUAUAUUUACACAGUAAUCGCUUUCAUCUUAAUUUCAAUUUGGAGUCAAUUAAACAAGACUAUGUACUAUAUACUAUAAAAGUCCCCUGUUCUUGUCUUUGUCACGUUAAUUUUUAAGCUGAAUGUGGACUGACCACCUCAUAACCAACCACAGAGGAGUUUAUUGACCUAUGUGCUCUUACAGUCAUGGUGCUCAGAAUUAUCGUCCUCACAAUCAUAAUCAUGAGCUGAUCACACAGGCUGUGUUCCAUUACGCAGCGCUGAGCUGUGCUGUGCUUUAUUGUUCUUCACUGUUUAAUGUAGUCACACUUUUUUUUAUUUGAUUAUUUUUGUUUUAUAGUGUACUGCAUCUUUAUUUGCACUCUCUGUGUCUCACUGCUAUCUUUAUCUAUUGUUCUGUAUUUUGGGAAAAAAAGAAAACAUAGCAUGACUGAAAAAAAAAAAAAAAAAAAUCUAUGCAAGUGUUGCAUGAGACCUGAUCGUUCGUUUCUACACUUUCUGAUCGACUUUGGUAAUGUAAUGAUUCUUCUUCUCCUUCUUACGUAAGAUUACCAUUCUAACACAUCUGUUUUGUACUUAGCACAGAAAGAUGGGGAAGAUUCCCCGAAAAGUUCAAACCGUAUAAUUUAUCGCUUCUUAUAAAUCUCAUCAGCUUUAAUACUUUCACUAUUUCUUUUUACUAUUUUAAAUGGGAAAAAAAAUUAUGCCCAGUGAUUACAAAUAGAGUAAGUAGAGUAAAUAAUACUAUUAUUAAUAUUAUUAUAAUAUAAUAUAAUAAUAUUAAUAAUAUUUCAGCUGGAACUGGGAAUGGUUGAAAGCCACCAGUGUUUACAAGAGGAAGAUAUAAAGCAAAUGAUGUUUUCCUUUAUAUCAGCAGCUGUUAAGAUACAACAAUCAUUUAAUGAGUAUUAAAAGAUCACUUAGUGUGUUUUACAUUCACUCAAAAAUCUGUUCAUAAUCGGAUUACUGCAGAUUAUCUUAUUAUUCAGGUAAAUAAUUAAUAUAAACAGCUAACUCUGUAAGGUUAAGUAAAAUUAGGUCUAAAAUCAGAUUACAGAAUCUGAUAAAGCUCUUUAAUCAGAUUUCUCAGUGUAUGUAAACCAUAAAGUCGGCUUCCUCAGUGUGUGCAUGUGUAAAACAGAACCUGGUACUGAAAAUUAGCAAGCAGAGUUUAACACAGUACAAUCAAGAUGCCGUCCAAACAUCUUUGGAGUGACGCAAAGUUUACGUCACGUCUUAUUCUGUGUGUUUAUUGGCUGAUUGCAAAGAAAAAGAUCAGAUUAUUGUCCAACUGUUCCCAUUAUUAGGGAAUCUAUCUUACCUAAGUUCAUGUAAAAAGCUGUAGAAGUUGAUCGGAUUAAUAAUAAACUCUGAUAUUCUGCAGUAAUCAGUUCAUGAAGUGCAUGUAAACACACUCUACAGAAUGUCUGAUGUGGUCCUGUUCAAGUUAAGCCUUCACCAGCCCUCACACCAGUUUUCUUUUCUUUAUUUUCCACAUUUAAGCAUCACACAGCUUUGAUUUUCUAGUUUUAAUAUCAUCAGUACAGGACCUACGAUACACGUUUUAUUUUUCUUACUUUAAGUAUAAGAAGCACAACUUUUACAAUGGGUAUAAUUUGAUUUCUUUCUUUCUCUUCUAUUCUGUAUGCAAUACAAACGUGGAAAGAUACCGCCUUAGAACAUCAAGACUUCCUUUUCUGUGUAGGUAGAGAAAAAACUGAAAUAUAAAAAAGAUCUAUAUAUAAAUAUAUAUCUAUAUUGCACUAUUUAUUUUCUUUUUUGAUGUCUGCUUUGUAAUGCAAUAAAUGCACUAGCUAUGACCCCAACAGACACUACAACACAAGUCUUCUGGCGCUGUCGACAUGCCCUCUCGCCCCAUCUUUCUAAAGAAAAAAAGAAAAAAAAUUCUGCUUGAUGCUGUAUAGAAUGCUUUCUAUUUAAAUGAACCUUACAAAUGCUGAUAGUUAUAAUAAACAUAACAUUUUAUGUACUUUUAA